AUGAUCACCAGUAAGGACUUCUACUUAGUGUUAUCAGCACUAGUACCCCUUUACGCCGCCAUGACAUUAGCCUACGCCUCCGUCCGUUGGUGGAAGAUCUUCACGCCGGAGCAGUGCGCCGGAGUCAACCGUUUCGUGGCCAUCAUCGCCAUACCAUUUCUUUCAUUCAAGCUCAUUGCCUUCAACAACCCGUACGAGAUGAACUUCAAGCUUAUUCUAGCUGACACCCUCCAAAAGAUUGUUAUUCUUCUGGUUCUUUUCGCCUGGAAAAUGAUGAGCAAUCAUGGCAGCCUUGAGUGGACCAUAACACUCAACUCCCUCUCAACUCUACCCAACACUCUGGUCAUGGGAAUCCCUCUUCUCAGAGCAAUGUACGGUGAGUUUUCCUCUAGCUUAAUGGUUCAGAUUGUCGUUUUCCAGGGAGUUAUAUGGAACACGCUUCUGUUGUUGAUGUUCGAGUACAGGGCAGCUAAGGUUUUCAUCAACGAAAAUUUCCCAGCCACGGCUGGUUCCAUUGCUUCUCUUAAGGCCGAGCCAGAUGUUGUGUCGUUUGCUGGUGGUGGUGACUCCUUACACGCCGAGGCUGAGAUUGACACCACUGGGAGGCUUCAUGUUAUGGUGAGGAGAUCAACAUCUUUAUCUGCUUCGUCUGUGCUGUCGUUUAGAAAAAUCCAUGGAAUGGGCUCUGCCAAGUAUGGGACUCCUCGUGCCUCAAACUUAACUGGGGUUGAGAUUUAUUCAACGAGAUCAUCUAUGGACCAUAGUGUUACUACUCCCAGAAACUCACAGGCAAGCUUUGGCCAAGCAGAUUUUGGUAGAGAGAUUAUUAGAUCAGGAAGUCGUAGUGAUGCCAUUCAACUUCAGAUGUCUUUUUGGAACUCAUCAAGUCCAGCAUCGAGUUACAACCGUUCGUUCUCAGCUACAGAUCUCCCUGGAAACACGUUUGGUACUUCUUUGGAUGGUAUCAGUAGAAAUGGAGCAUCUCCUUUAAAUAAUGAUUAUGGGUCAAAAGAUGGAAUUGGAUUUGGUGAGAAUGAAGAAGAAGAGGAAGAAAAAAAGAAGCCUGACAUGCCUCCAGCAAGUGUCAUGACAAAGCUCAUACUUACCAUGGUUUGGAGGAAACUCACAAGGAACCCAAACACCUACUCUAGUGUUAUUGGCCUUGCCUGGUCUCUAAUAGCAUUCAGGGUUCAUAUCAAAAUGCCAAUAAUUAUUGAAGGGGUCAUCACCAUAUUAUCAAACACAGGCCUGGGAAUGUCAAUGUUCAGUCUAGGUUUAUUCAUGGCUUUACAACCAAAGAUAAUAGCUUGUGGAAAAUCUCUGGCUGCACUUGCACUGGCUGUGCGGUUUCUGGUUGGGCCAGGAGUAAUGGCUGCAACCUCUGCUGCUAUUGGCAUUAGAGGGAUUCUCCUUCAGGUUGCAAUUGUUCAGGCUGCUCUUCCUCAAGCCAUAGUUUCCUUUGUGUUUGCCAAGGAAUAUGAUGUACAUCCUCAGAUACUGAGCACUUCGUAA